AUGAACAUGGCACCUCCAGCAAUGGACGACGAUGGCGAUACAUCUAGCAUCUCCUCUCCACCGCAAUCUCCGCAAAAUCACCACGAAGACGAGACGAUCAAAGUCGCCCCUCGUUAUCUUGGUGAAGGUGUUGUUCACCACCCGGCGGCUUCGGCUUCGGCUUCCUCCUCUGCCACACCACUCCCCGGAACUGCACCAGUCAAACCCAAACGCACACGCAAACCAAAGUUGGAUGCAAAUGGCAAUCCUGUCUUGCCAAAGCCGAGGAAAAAGGCCGAACCAAAAGUCAAGGCGGAAGGAGGUGCAACAACGACGGCUCCUGCGACGAAAAGGAGAAAGAAGACUGCACCGGAGGAAAAGCCUGCCACCAGUACUGCCAUAAGUGGUGAUGUCCGCCAAACAACCCUCACCGGCCUGCAUAGUCACUUCCUCCCGCCUGGCAAUCCCGCCUCGUCCGCCCCACCUCCACCAAUGCAGCAGCAACAACCUCAUCCACCACCGCCGCAAACAUUCUCAUCUUCAUCACUCGCCAACACAACAACAUCAACAUCCGACACAUUGAUGCGCAGCAGUCUACCACCACCACUCCUCUCAUCAACUCCCACACCACGACCAUUCUCCAGCGGACAGAAUUACGAUCCUAUUCGCGGACAAAAUUACGAUUCCAUUCGUGGUGCUAUCGACGCGACUUCAUCACGACCGCCUGUGCUAUCGAACGGUGCGCAAUCCGCACAUGCCUCGCCUCAUAUCAACCGCCCAUCACCACACAUUAACCGUGCAUCGGCGUCACCCUCCAUCACGAGUCUGAUCGAUCCACCUUCGACAAACACCGCCGCAGUCACAUUCAACAACACGCAAUCAAGAGUGCAGCAUCCUACUGCCAUGUUUGCCAAUCUUCCUUCAACACACGUCACCCCGCUUCCGUCUCAACAACCAACCCCCACUCCACAACCUCAGGCCAUUCCCAUCAUGGACGGCGCGAUGGAUGUUGACUCCAAUGAUCAUGGACCUCCCAACCAGCCUGCCCUCAAGGCACCCUCGAAAUCUUCGUCCUCCGCCCCAACCCCGAAACCGGCCAAAGCGCAUUCUCCACCCUCCAAAGCACUCAUCAAACCCGGCACCGGCACAGGAAUCCUCUCCUCAUCCAGCCUCUUCGGCGGACCAUCCUCGUCAUCCGACUCCUCCGAACCCAAAGGCAUCACCAUCGAACUUCGCAUCUCCCUCCGUCCAGAAGGUGGCAACGCCAUCAACAUCGCGCAGGAGAUCGCCAAGAAAUAUGGACGCGAUGCCAUUAAUCCGCGAGUAGCAGCCCAUCGCGAACGUCUUCUUCAAGUCGCCGCACAAGCCAAUCGUCUCGAGAAUGGAUCUGCGGACGAUAACAUGUCGGUUGACCUCAUGUCCGAACUAGACGGCGACAGCAAUGUUGAGAUGGGCGGUGUAGAGGAGAACGAGGCGCCAAGACUGAACAAAGAUGGGAAGCCAGUGCGGAAGCGGAAGAAGGUGGAAGAGUACGACAAGGAAGACGACUUCAUCGACGACACCGAACUAGCAUGGCAGGAGCAGGCGGCCGUAGCGAAGGAUGGCUUCUUCGUGUACUCCGGCCCGCUCGUCCAACCAGGUCAGAACGCACUCGUCGAAUCAACAACAGCACCGACUCGCGGCAGAGGCACCGGACGUGGCCGAGGUCGUGGACGAGGCGCAGCCGCCGCCGCCGCCGCAGCAGCAGCAAGUGGAACAACACACGCCUCCCUCGCCGAGAAAAACAAAGACUCCACAACAACCACCACCCCAAAUGGAUCCGCCACCAAACCUCCCGUCAAACGAACGCGAGGAGGCACGCGCGGAGGAGCAGGAGGAGCCGCCGGUCCCGCCCCAGCGAAAAAACGCCGCACGAAAGCGGAAAUCGAAUUAGCGGAAAGGGAGAAGAGUCUAGCGGCACAGGAGAGGAAAGAGCUCGAGGAUCGAAGGGAGAGGGAUCGUCUGGCGGGAUUGACGGGUAGUGGCAUCGCGCCGGCGAGUGUGUUUGAUAACGGGGGGAUGGGAGGGGGAGUGAGGGUCGUGAGUGUGGAUGGCGCGGUGGCGCCGGGGUUGGUGCUUGCUAGUCAGAGGGAGGGAGGGGUGGGGUUUGGGAGUCCGCCUGGUAGGCAGGGGAGUGGUGAUGUGCAGGGUCAGGUGAGGGUUUAG